GAAAUGAAAGUGAAACAAAACUCCACGUCACACUGUAACGAGCUAUAUAAUAGGAACAACCCUGUUAUAGUCAUUCACACUCUACCCACACACUGAGCAGGUCUGGUUUAACCCACAGGCACAUUCCUACUCAAAAAUGUACCAACAGCAGUCCUACUCCUGGGAGGAAGAUGACUUUCAGCUUCCAACUGGGGUUAAGAAAAUUGGCCAAGAACAGCCAAAUUGCGGUCAGACCUACGUCAUGUACCACGGCACCACCAAGACCAUAGCAAAGGCCAUCCUGAGUGAGGGGUUCCGCCAGUCGGCGGACGGGAUGCUGGGCCGUGGCGUCUACCUCAGCCGUGACAUGAACAAGGCCAGAGCGUAUCCCAUAGACCCUAAGCUGCCUGACUCAGAACGGGUGGUGUUCAGGUUGAAUGUCAAGGUGGGGAACGUGAUCGCGAUUAACCACCAGGGCCAUCCUCGCCAGAAGAACUGGCACGAUAGCCGGUACGGGGAGGUCUUCGACACUGCCUGGUGCCCCCCGAACUGCGGCAUGACGAGGAGCGGCAUGGAGGAGGACUGCGUCUGGGACCCCAGCCGCAUCAAGAUAGACAAGUGUAUCACCCCGACCCCUAUGGCUGGGCCAAAGCCCGUCACUAACGGCUAUGACGGUGUUUUGCAGGCACAUUCCUAUUCAAAAAUGUCCCAACAGCAGUCCUACUCCUGGGAGGAAGAUGACUUUCAGCUUCCAUAUGGAGUUGAGAAAUGUGGCCAUAAACAGCCAAAUUGCGGUCGGACCUACGUCAUGUACCACGGCACCACCAGGACCAUAGCAACGGCCAUCCUGAGAGAGGGGUUCCGCCAGUCUGCGGGCGGGAUGCUGGGCCGUGGCGUCUACCUCAGCCGUGACCUGAAAAAGGCCAGCAGGUAUCCCAUCGACCCUAGUCUACCUGACUCAGAGCGGGUGGUGUUCAGGGUGAAGGUCAACGUGGGGAACGUGGUCGCGAUUAACCGCCAGGGCCAUCCUCGCCAGAAGAACUGGCACGAUAGCCGGUGCGGGGAGGUCUUCGACACUGCCUGGUGCCCCCCGAACUGCGGCAUGACGAAGAGCGGCUUGGAGGAGGACUGCGUCUGGGACCCCAGCAGCAUCAAGAUAGACAGGUGUAUCGCCCCGACCCCCGGCCAUCGCUUCUAUGCACAGUCCUAUUCAGAAAUGUCCCAUCAGCACCCGUUCUCCUGGGUGGAAGAUGUCUUUCAGCCUCUAUUUGGGGUUGAGCGAAUGGGCCAUGGAAAGCCAAAUUGCAAUAAGACCUACGUCAUGUACCACGGCACCACCCGGACCAAUGCAACCGCCAUCCAGCGCGAUGGUUUCGUACAGUCGGCGGACGGGAUGCUGGGCCGUGGCGUCUACCUCAGCCGUGACCUGAACAAGGCUGGAGCGUAUCCCAUCGACCCUAGUCUACCUGACUCAGAGCGGGUGGUGUUAAGGGUGGAGGUCAACGUGGGGAACGUGAUCGCGAUUAACUACCAGGGCCAUCCUCGCCAGAAGAACUGGCACGAUGGUGGCUGGCUCGUGACCAGGGAGGUCUUCGACACUGCCUGGUGUCCCCCGAACUGUGGUAUGACGCCAAGUGGCAUGGAGGAGGACUGCGUGUGGGACCCCAGCCGCAUCAAGAUAGUCAAGUGUAUCUCCCCGACCCAGAGGGGUCAGAGGGGUCAGAGGGGUCAGAGGGGUCGGAGGGGUCGGAGGGGUCAGAGGGGUCUGUGCAGGAUCCCUUAAGUGGGAGCACACCUCAUGUUGAAGUUAGAAAUGUGACAAAAUUUGCCCAAUUCGGCCAAUGUUUGCUUUUCGGUACAUUUGCGUUUUUAAAAGAUCAUAUUUUUCAUUGUUUCAUUCCAAAAAAACAUUUUAUAAAAAUAAAUAUGGUGUGAAAAAGUUUUGAGUGA